GGUGGCGUUGUCCAGCCCCUGCCCCACCAGCCGAGGAGGGAGCCCAGAGGCGCCAGAAGCCGAAGCCGCCAGGCCUGCGCUGUCCAGCUGGGAAGGCAGCGGCGCCCACUCACCUGGCCUGGCGCUGGAGGGGAAGCCGCGGCCUCUCCCUCGGCGCCCGAGCGCUGCCUGCAGCAGGCGCGGCUCCCGCAGGCUGAGCAAGCGCCGGCCGCAGCAACCGCGAUAUUCUUAGCAGCUGCCGGGCCUGGAAAAGGAGGAGGAGCCGCGGAGCCGGGCCAGGGCGGUGGGGUGCUCACAGCGGCUCGGGAGCUGCACGACCCGCUUUUCCUCGCCUGUGCCCGAGCGGGCAGCGCUGCAGGUUGCUCGGCCGCUCCGAGAGAGAGGGAAGGGCCGGUGCUCCGGCCAGCUGGAGGCGCAUUGUCGCCGGGCACUGCGGCCCCUCCCGGCCCUGCGCCUCCGUCGCCUCCCUCGCUGGAGUCUCCCGGGCCGCACGCAGCCCCGUCCCCGCCUCGGGGCUGGCCGUGGGGUGGGGAGAAGGCUUACUUCGGGGCAGGUCUUGUUCAGAGCAGGCGCCUCGGAGCAGCCCCGGCGUGCUGCCGACGCCGCCACCGGCCUCUCAGCGCAGGGCUGGCCAUGGCGGAGGCGCAGCAAGAGCGCGCCGUCCCCGCGGAGGCCACCAGCCUCCUUCCACACAAGCCCGCCGCGGCGAGUCCCAAGACGGAGACCGGAGCCAACAGUCCUCUAUUAAUAGAGAGGCUCUUCCCUCCGCUCUAA